UCAUUAGUAUUUGUACCAAAAUCAACACGACCAUUGUUUAUUUCCAAGGGUCGUCUGGGUCAAAGUUCAGAUCGUGACGUCAAUAGCACCGGUAAACAUCGAUUUACAGCUUUUUUCUGGUAUGUGACGCUUCUCUUGGCUUGAUCAAGAUUUGCUCGCUAAAAACGCUCGAUAACGCGGGUUUUAACUCAAAUUAUUUCCAACAAAGUAUCGAUAUGAAUGCUACGGCACUUUAUGUGUCUACAUGCAGGUAUAUAUUGCAAGCGGAUUUCGAAAAUGGCGAAUCUUGGGGCGAUCUUUACCGCUUACUGCCCUAUCUAAGACAGUCUUUGUCAUGUUGCGUUUGCGGGUCGCUCUUGAACGAUCCUAGGGGACCAACGGAUUCGAAUUGUCAACAUUUUGUUUGCCGGACUUGUGUUGGUGGGAAAAUGCUGCUGAAGCCAUCUUGCAGCUGGUGCAAAAAUUAUGACAAAUUUGCUGAGGUGCGACAACUCAGAAUACUAUUAUCUUGCUACAAAAAACUAUGCGAAUACAUAGCUGCCACACCCAUCGCGCGAAGCUUUAUUGGAGCGAACGGCGAAUCGAACAGCACUUUGACUAUUUUACAAGAGGGAAUGGCGAUCAACGCGACCCACGGAAACAACAGCGCCGGUCCGGAUAAGAAUCUUCAUAUUCUGGACAUCUUGACGAGGGUUAAUCGCGAGAAAACUGGGAACGCUGACACCAAAUCACCUGGGAGACGCCGUGGGCGUCCCCGACGGGACAGAGAUGGCUCGGGGGCUUCCCCAAACCCGCAUCAAUUUGAGAACCCGGAAGUUCUAUCCCAUACGCUGGAUUCGCCAUUAGAUGGACUUUGCAAUGGCCUAGACAGUUCAGAUCAGUUUGAUAUGAGUAGUGACCACUCUAUUUACAGUGCAUCAUUUUCUUCUUGUGGUUCACCUCGGAUCAAAAUCAAACGCAAGCGACUAAGUAAUGAGCUGAAAUUAAAGAUCAAAAAGAAGAAAAAGAAGCAUGACAAAAUUAAAGAGCGGACAUCGGAUCGGGAAGCCAGGAAUGAAAGGAAAAGGAGGAGGCAUCGAUAUCGAAAGGCAAGCGAUGAAUCAGAAAGUCCAGUUGACUCUGAAAAGGAGAAGCUUGUGAACGGGGACUGCACAACUACAUGUAGCUCGCCUGAAGAGGAAACACCAAGGAAGCAAUCCGUCGUGAUUUCUGGACACAGAGCGAAGUUGCUGAAAAUGGGACGAAUUCUACCGACAGUCGUGGGAUGCCGCUGCGGAACCUGGGGAAAAACUCCUGGAGCCAACACCUGCAGAGGAAAUAGAUGCCCUUGCUUUAUGUCUGAGAAAGGCUGUCAUAAGUGCAAAUGUAAAGGGUGUCGGAACCCUAUCCCUCCCCCUGAGAUCCCUGGCCCAAAGAAGAGACAGCGCCAUUCUUUCAGGACUGACAUUCAUGGUGAAAAUGAAUUGGACACUGAUACUAAUGAUAUGUAGUUGUCAAUAAUUCGGUUUAAUCAUUGAUUUUAAAUCUAGAAUUUUCUGUUCUGUAGGGUCUCUCUUGUGCAUCCUAGAAAAAAUUUAUGUUCUGAAUCUUGUAAUUAUUUUUAAAUUCUCACUGCUCUAUGUUGUCAGUUGACUUAAUUGUUUAGUACUUAAUAAUGUGGUAUUUAGGAUUAGAAUUUGAGUACAUGUGCUGGAUUUGUUUAUCCAAUCCUACUCUUUCUAUAUAAAGAAUAUGCAGUUUAUUGGUAUUCAUUGAAUUUUCACGGCUAUAAGAUUUUAUUCAUGUCUCAUUUUCUUCAAGAUUAGGAUGAUGAAGGUCUUGAAGGAAGUUAUUUGUAGUAAAUUAAAAGAAAUUAGGUUUGAAGUAGAAUGGUUUGAAAGUAUUUCAUAAGACUAAUCACUCCUGUUUUUUUCAAUUGAAUUUUAUAACCAAUAAGGUUCCCCAAAAAUUUGCACCAAAGACUUUGUUUCCAGUUGAGAACCAUGUUUAAGUGCAGAAAAAAUGAGAUUGGAAUUAUCAGAGUUGCUUGUAUAAUUGAUAAGAAGUGAUAAUAAUUGAUAAUGAUAAUAAUAAUGAUAAAACUUUCUGUAGUCAUGUUAUGAGAGUAAAAUAAUGAAAUAAUAAUAUUAGAUAAUGAUAAACAAAUUGAUCAUGGUGAACAUUUAAGUAACCUUGUAGAGUAACUAAUUAUGGAUCUGUAUGAGAAGAGUACUUAUAAAGAAUUGUUCUUUUUAUUUCAGAGAACACCUUUUUACUUUUUGAUAGGAUCCAGCUGCCAUGUAUACAUUGUGAUCACUGACAUGCGAUUGGUUUGUUUCAUACACUUUUUGUAAAAACUAUUGUGUUUACAAUGACACCAAUCAGUGUUGGACCACUCUUUGAAGUGUUAAAAAUACACAAUGGAAUUUGAACAUGUAUAACACCUAACACUAGUUAUUGAAAUAACAGAAUAUGUGGUAAUUGCUAACUGCUAAGUAACACUAAUGUGAACUAACACCAAGCUUUACAAAUUGGUGUAAAAUGCAUGUUGUGGCCCUCUGUUUACACUAAAUGGUGAUGCACAUGAUUUUAACACCACUUUUUGCUAGUCUGCGAGCAGAGACUCAAAUAUGACACCAAUUAUACCAUGUCUAGAGUUAGAGAAUACAUGUAGAUUCCAAACUCCUUGAUGUCUGCAUAAGGUAGGGGCUGUGGAACGGUUUUCAAAGGGGGGGGGGGGGGUUGAGCAAAAAGUGAGGGGCUGACCAUGAAAAAAAAUCACAAUCAUACGGUAAUUUUUAUGUUUUUGUACACAGUUUUGGAAAAAAGUGGGGGCUGUAACCGCCCCCUGUAAGGAAAAGCAGCCAGAGUGCAUGAGUGAAUCUACAGUAGUCUUACAGCUCCAGACUCUGCAUUGCACUAUGGCAUGCGAAUUGGAAAAAACAAAGGUCUUGCUGUCUCUGUCUGCAGACUAAUUCUUUUGCAGUGUAGGCGAUUUUGAAGACUUUCAAUAGGUAUAUUGUAUGACUUUGAUUCCCCCCCCUUUCACCAUUCUUUCCAAAUGUACCCCCUUUCCCCCAAUAAGUAAUUAUCCUCAAUUGAAAUUUUAAUUCUCUGAAAGUAUUGUACUCUUUGUAAGAUAUUGUAAAUAUUAAGUGUACUUCACUAAGUCAUCUUAAUGCGGGUAAUGUACAUUCUAACUUAUUUUUAUAACGUGUAUAUAGUCGAAACUCACUGGUUGAAAUUGUACUGAUUUUUGUAAAUACCAAUCCAUAGGAAUGUGAAAAUUGUAAAUAUUGUACAUAGGAAACAUUUUGAUGACUGUAUAGUAUGCCAUGUCCACAAGCAAGAUUAACGAUUGAACAGAUGACAGACAGUUAGGAUUUUUUUUUCUUCAUAAUGGUUGUUACUCCUUAUUUUCUGUAAUACUCGGAGAUAAACCUCCAAUGUAAUCACGAUUAUUUCAUUCGCCAGAUAAAAUAUUGAUAAUGUUUUAUCUGUCAAUUGAUUUUAUACUUUCCAGUUUUGUAUAUUUUAUCACAAGGAAGUGUCCUUUUGUGUUCCUUUUAACAUUAAUUUACAAAAAAAAUACAUUUAAGACUUUCCUCUUUCCAUCCCUCUCUUCUAUUUAUUUUAUUGUUGUUUGCAUACAUUCUCUGAAUAUGCUUUUUUCGGUAGUUUUCAUAACCAUAAUAAAGCACAAGACCUUACAUUGGAAGGAUAUUAACCUUAAUGUAAAUCAAAAUCGAUUCAAAGUGGUAGUGCACAAAAUAUCACUGCUUGUAAGAGCUUGUUUUAUUUUCAUAUUUUAACCCAGGAUCUAUGUACAUUAAAUCAUGUUGCAUGGCUUAGUAUAGUCAUCCCUCAUUUCUUUAUUCUGCUCUGUUUAUCAAGUCUUCUAUGUGGGCAUUAUUUUUGCAAAUUACAGCUUUAUAACCCGCUCAGUCUGUUCUUUCCCAAUGAAAGUGAAUAUAAUUGAUUGUGUUAAGUGUUGUUUGACCUUAUUUUAUACCGCUUAGAGCUCCAUGCUACUACUAUCAAAUAGAAAAUUAUGUUUUUCAGUAUAAUUGUGAUUAAUUGUUCAGUUUUUAUUCAGUGUCAUCGGAGAUCAUUCUGUUACCAAUUGUACGUAAAGAGGAUAGGAGACUUAUAUCACCAAGAUCAUCAUUAUCAGAGAUUGAUUAUCAUUGUUGGAAAAUAUACAAGAAGGGAGAGAUGACCAAAUUCAAAGCAAAGCUUUAGAUUUAGGCAUAGUGAUAUUCCUAUAAAAAAUAGUUUUACUUUGAAAUAUCUUUUUUUGCAUUUCUCUUCCUUAGCGUUUGAUUUUAAAAAUCAUGGUUUCAAUAUUCAGCUAAAUUAGGAAGAAAGUUUGCAUAUUUCUAAUCUGAAUUUUUAUCUUCAAAUUCGAAUUAUUGAAUUAACUUAUUGUUGAUGUUUUGUAUAAGAAGUUGUAUAGAUUUUUGACGUAAUAGUAAUUAAUAUUCUGCUGCCGAUAUUGUGAAAUCCAUAUGAAACUCCCUUUCCAUAAUUCCAUAUCUACCAUUUACAAGCAAUCAUAAAAUUCAUUAUCCUUGAUCCUUUUCUCAAAUUCAUACAGGCGUAGAAAAGAAAUUGAAGCAUUUGCUCUUUUCGUAAUCGUUUGAAACUAUUCCUUGUUAAAAACAUUGUGUGUGACCUCAGUGAAUAAAUGUCCAAAUCAUUAUUAUUGAAAUAUUUUUUGGUAUGGUAUACAAUUUCAAGUUCGUUCGAACCUCUAAAAAGGUGAAUUUGGCUAAGCCUGUUUAAUUUCAAUUAGCGCAUUAAUUUGUAGAAUUUGUAAAGUUAUUUGUACUACUACUUGCUAGUAUGUUAUAGGCGUUUCGUCUCUCUGUGUUUGAAUUUGAAUAAAUAAAACUCUGCUGAUAUUCAUGCAGAAAAUUAUGAGA